AUGGCGGCAGAGAAAGCCAGCUGUUCCAAAAAAGUUGUUCUAUGCGAAGAAGACAUUCCCAGAGCGAAGCUUCCUCGGGAAAACGUUGAAGAGUGUACUGUACCACAGCUUCGACGAUGGCUGUUGUGUGGAGGAGCGAAAACAAGCGGCAAGAAAGCCGAUCUUGUCAAGAGGUUUGCUCAGACGAUGGUUUAUUAUUGAUCAUUUAUCAGGGUUUGUUAUUUUGAACUGUCCAGCGUAAAUAUAUACUAAGACAUGGUUUGCUUUACUGUUUAUUUUAGAUAUAAAGACUAUGUCAAGGGAGGCCUUCAUUUAAAAAACUUACGAGAUCCGGAUGGAGGUGUGCAUCUUGCACGAAAGAAAGUCUUACUAGGUGUAAUGGAUGAAGUAGACCCUCCACAUGUUACUGAUAUUUUCCCUAAGGAUGGUUUCCAUGAAGAUCUCACUGAUUUGCCUUUCGUAAAUUUUGGCACUGUAUGGAAGUACAUGAUCGAGUCCUCCAAUGCAAAAAAGCAGCUAUCCACAGCUAAACCACUGGUCAAAGGCUUUAACUUUUUUAAGUCCGGUAACUUAGUAAAAGUGACCGUCUGU